AUGUCUCUUUUCACAUCUGCAGCCAUCACACUUGAACCACAACGAUCCAUUGAACGAAAUCUCGAUAUUUGCCACGUGUGUGCUUCUCCUCAAGCUGCGUCUCCACAUUUUGGUGCCAUCUCAUGUCUAGCUUGUGCGGCAUUUUUUCGGCGAACUGUUUCUUUAAACAUCACAUUUGUGUGCAAAGCGGAAAAUAAAUGCCGAAUUUACUACGAGUUGCGGAUGAUUUGCCGAGCAUGCAGAUAUGAGAAGUGCUUACGAGCUGGUAUGAAGAGGGAAUGUGUGCAAAAGAAGCGACCACCAAAACCGGGAAAACGGGUCAAAUCUGAGGUUGAAGAUGAAGAUCCACAAUCGGAAUCAAGGUAUUUACCUGAAAUGGAUGGGCCCGGAACUCCGAUCAUCAAGAAAGAAAUCCAUAGUCCUGGAAGUGCGGAUGAAGAAGAGGAACAAAACGAAAUUGCACAAGAAAUCCGGUUCGAUUGCCCUGCCUCGGCUUCUUCUUCUCUUGAUUCUUAUGAAGAUCCCUCAGCCCAUUCAUCUCCAUCAGCCUUAUUUCAACAAAAUCUUAAUCCGAGUUUUUCUUCAUCCAACGAUCGAACUUACGAAGGUCGGGUACGGGCCAGAAAUCUUCGAGACUGGACAGGGCACAGAUUGCUUCUACACUAUAUGGAAGAAGAACAUCAGGCAAUGGACGCUCGUCGAGUGAUGUACAGUGAGGCUCCUUUGGUGGCCAUGGUUCAGACAACUGGAGAUAUUCCGUUUACUCGAAACACCCUGACUGCACAUACUCUCUCAAGACAACGCCACACGAUUCAAUUCGAGCAUUUCCUUUCAUUUCAAUAUGCUCGACGUCUACCUGGCUUUCAUUUGCUUAGCAAAGACGAGAAGGCUCAUUUAUAUAAAUCGUGUGCUCUCGGUUUUAGUGUUUUGGAUAUGGCUUGGAUGACUGUUAAGUUGAGAGAGCCCACAGAUCGAAUGCUAAUAUUUACGGAUGGAACCUAUUCGGAUUUGAGUAACUAUGUUGUUGGUUGGGAAGAUGAGCCUGGUCUCAUCACGGGAGAGGGAAAGAAACAGCUUUUUCUCGAGUUCAACGAGCGCAUCUUCACCGAACUCAUUCAACCGAUGCACGAGAUGGAUCUCCGCGAUUUUGAAUACGCUGCACUCAAAGCGCUUACCGCAUGGAGAGUCUGGUAUCUUCAAUUCACAAAUACUCUUCAAGAUCUGGCAAAAGAACACGAGAAAUUGAUUCUCGAAGGAUUGAUCGAUUUCUACAAGGAGCGAAAUGAGAAAGAGUUUGCAACAAGAAUGGGAUCAAUUCUGCUUCUCAUAGGAACCAUUUCGGAUCUUUAUCGCUGUGAAUUCAUCACGCUGAGGUCGAUAUUGUGUUGCUCGUCGCUUGACGACGAAGAGAACCUGGCUCCCCGCCAGCGUUGGGUGAUGUCGCGAGCUCGAGUCCUCGAGAAUUCAACUAAAGAUAAUCAACCGGCUCAGGCCACACAUCGAAGCAAAACGUUUCAGGAGUACUUACCUGAAGGAGAUCGUACAUACAGUUGUGUUCAUUGUCGAGCCCAACUUGCUCAUCACAACGAGCUUAUCUCAAAAUCAUUUCAAGGAAGCCAAGGAAAGGCCUACCUCUUCAACAGUGUUGUAAACGUGGGAUGUGGGCCAGCAGAAGAGCGUGUGCUGCUCACUGGUCUUCAUGCUGUUGCUGACAUCUACUGCGAGUGUUGCAAGACGACUCUCGGAUGGAAAUAUGAGCACGCGUACGAGUUGUCACAAAAAUACAAAGAAGGCAAGUACAUCAUCGAAUUGGCGCAUAUGGUGAAAGACAAUGGAUGGCAGUUGCAAUUCGAUGCGAACAUUACGAUAGGUCUUCGCAAAGAAUCUCCAGUCGAUUUCUCUGUUUUUUUUCCCGAAAAUCAAAACUCUUAUUCAACAUUCCCUAAAGGCCAUCCAUUUCAAGUAAACACC